CUCAUCCCUACUUAAGAACCCCCCUCAACAUUUUCCUCCCUCUCUUUAACACCGCACCUCCUUUUCGCUUGAAUUUUUCUCCCAAGACACAGCAGAAUCAAUUCUUCCGUACUUAUCUUCCUUCGAUCAAUUCAAUUAAACCGCCAUCAUGCCUAUCCCAGUCCCCAAAGCAGACCAUUUGAUGGACCUGUUCAGCCUUAAGGGUAAGGUCGUCGUGGUCACCGGCGCAUCCGGCCCCAAGGGCAUGGGCAUCGAAGCCGCACGCGGCUGUGCAGAAAUGGGCGCCAACCUCGCCAUCACCUAUUCGUCCCGCCCCGAAGGAGGUGAAAAGAAUGCAAAAGAGCUCGCCGAGUCCUACGGCGUGAAGGUCAAGGCCUACAAAUUGGACAUCGGCAACUACGCCAGCGUUGAAAAGCUGGUCGCCGAUGUCAUUAAAGAGUUUGGCAAGAUUGACGCCUUCAUCGCCAAUGCUGGCCGCACCGCAGACUCUGGGAUCCUCGACGGUACGGUGGAGGCUUGGAACGAAGUCAUUCAGACGGAUCUCAAUGGAACUUUCCAUUGUGCAAAGGCGGUGGGACACCAUUUCAAGGAGAGGGGCACUGGUAGUUUCGUGAUUACUGCUAGUAUGAGUGGACAUAUUGCGAACUUCCCGCAGGAGCAGACGAGCUAUAAUGUUGCGAAGGCGGGGUGCAUUCAUAUGGCACGCUCGCUGGCUAACGAGUGGCGUGACUUUGCUCGAGUCAACUCUAUUUCCCCCGGUUAUAUCGAUACUGGUCUUUCUGACUUCGUGGACAAGAAGACACAGGAUUUGUGGAAGAGUAUGAUCCCUAUGGGUCGUGAUGGGGAGGCGAAGGAGCUGAAGGGCGCAUAUGUUUACUUGGUUUCUGAUGCCAGUACGUACACUACUGGCGCUGAUAUCGUCAUUGAUGGUGGUUACUGCGCACGAUAAAUGUAUCGUUUAGUGUGGAUCGUGGAGCCUAGUGUUGAAAAGUUCUUUUUGAUAAAAUGACAGCUCAAGAAUUCACAUCAUGCAAUCCAAG